AUGAUCUCUGGGAGAGAAGAAGUAUCAAUGGCGAGGUCCUCCUUGAAUAUCAUCAGGUCAUCAGAACCGUAUGAUCCAUACACCCCCCAAAUACCAGGAACCAAGGGAGCUUUUCAACAAAAUUCAGAUUCACUCGAACCGCUCAAUGGCUUCACCCCGUCAACCAAGGGUAUAGAUCCCCAACGAGCUCGACUGGAUGCAAUCCACGCUGAAGUAGACGCCACGAAGAACAUCUUACAUAAGAAUAUAGAAGGGAUGGUAGAGAGAGGAGAGAGGUUGGACCACCUUCAAGAUCGGACUGAAGAACUAACAGUCUCAGCCCGUACAUUCAAUACCGCCGCCCGAAGAACGAACAGGGCAAUGUGGUGGAAAAACAUGAAGUGGACGAUAGCCAUUUGCGUAUUGGUGAUAAUCAUCAUAGCUGGUAUAAUUGGAGGUGCAGUCGGUGGAUCCAAGUGA